CCUAUAAUUAUUGACUUUUCGUCUCCGGAGUAGUUGAGAAAUAAUGAGGGGGAAUUUAUUUGACAAAGUCAAAGUUUGAAAUAUAAAAAAUGAAAAAGGAAAACCAUAUCUUGCAUAACUCAUCCAAUUCUGCUCCUUAAUCCUCUCUCUCUCUCACUAAAUUUCUCUGUUUCUCUCUCUAAGUUAUCAGCUACCACAAAGCAAGGAAGCAGCAGUCCUUAAAGCGCAGUAGGGAAGUUAUCAGCGCACAAAGCAUGGAAGCAGCAGCUGCUACCGCCGUCCUUAAAGUUCUAGUCGAAAAACUCAUCGACCUCUCCAUGAAAGAGAUCUCUCAAAUCCGAGGUUUCCGCAAAAAUGCAGAAAAGCUAGCUGGAAGUCUCGACAUGAUCCAGAAAUUCUUGCACAAUGCUGAGAUGCGUGCCAUCACCAGCGAUGCUGCUGUCAAGAGCUGGUUGAAGAAGCUUGAAGACGUGGCGUUCGAUGCUGACAAUGUUUUGGAUGAAAUCAACUAUCAUAUUCUCUCCAAACAAAUUAAGGCCACCAAACCCAUGAAGGCGAAGAUAUUAUCAGGCUUCUCAUCAUCCGUCAAUUCUAUUGCGCGUCCGAGAAAUAUGGCUGUUAAAAUCCAAGAAAUCAAUGAGAAUUUGGAGUCCAUUAAGAAAGAGGCCACCGACCUUGGCCUCGUAGUGAGGCUUGCCAUUGCCAAUGAGCCCACUUUGGUUGAUGCUUCUUUGGAAACUGAUUCGUACACUCUUGAUCCAAUUUUUAUUGGAAGAGAUGAUGCUGUGUCGGAAAUAGUUGAGAUGCUUACCAAUACCAUCACAACUGAUGAACGCGCAGUUUCCAUCAUUUCCAUUGUCGGGAUGGGGGGAUUGGGGAAGACGACAUUGACUAGGAAAGUUUUCAAUCAUCUGAAGGAUGAGAAUCAGUUUGGAUUACAUAUUUGGGUGCAUGUUUCCCGAAAUUUUGAUGCAAUAACUCUUUUGAAGACAAUUCUCAAGAACUUAACUCCUUGUCAAGUUGAAAAUGCGAGCAAGGAAGAUAUUCUUGCAAAGCUUAAAGAAGCUUUGGAAGAUAAAACGUAUCUUCUUGUACUUGAUGAUGUAUGGAAUGAAGAUACUUCCAAAUGGGAAGAUUUUAUCAAUUCCUUGUUGGGAGUUAGUUUUGUUAAGGGAAAUGCAAUUGUUGUUACCACCAGAAGUAUGACGGUUACUUCAAUUGUGAAUCCACUUCAUACAUAUGAGUUGAAAGGCUUAUCGGAGGAAGAGUGUUGGUCAAUAAUCAAAGAAAAAACAUUCGGAAAAGAAGAUGUUCCGUCAGAAUUUGAGGCAAUUGGGAGAAAGAUAGCAAUAAGGUGUCAAGGUUUGCCAUUAGCGGCCAACGUAGUUGGGGGAGUGCUGCGCAUUAAAUCUGAGGAAAAAUGGCUUUCAGUCGAGGAGAAAUGGCUUUCAGCCGAUGAAGGAGGAGAUAAUAUCAGAAAAAUAUUGAGACUGAGCUUCGAUAAUUUGUCUUUGCCAUUACUUAAGAAGUGCUUCGCUUACUGUGCGAUGUUUCCUAAAGGCUACCAAAUCAUCAAACAAGAACUGAUUGAGAUGUGGAUGGCAGAAGGUUUUCUUCAAGCUGAUGGUAGGGAUGACAUGGAGUCCGUGGGCGAAAAAUUUAUCAACCUUCUUCUGCACAACUCUUUACUGCAAGUUUCAAAGAGAGAUAUUUAUGGAAAUGUAAAGAAGUGUGGCAUGCAUGAUCUUGUGCACGAUCUCGCUUGUUCUGUUUCGAGUUCGUCUAACAGUACAGGUGGUAGCAGCCGAGUUCGAUACAUAAUUCUCGGAGACAACUAUUGUGGAGACGAAUCAAAUCGUAUCCCAAAAGAAAUGGCAAAGUCUUUGCGUACAUUACUAAUAGCAUCCAAAGCUGAUAUUUCUGUCAACUUCUCAGACUUGGUAACAUCCAAAGGUGAUAUUUCUGAUAUUAACUUCUCAGACUUGGUGACAUCCAAAGGUGAUAUUUCUGAUAUCAACUUCUCAGACUUGGAAAGUUUGCAUGUUUUACAUCUUCACUCUGAAGUUAAAAAGCUGCCAAGUUCGAUUCGGAAGUUGAUACAUUUGAGAGAUUUUGACAUUUCAAAGACAAGUAUUGAAGUUUUGCCGGAUUGGAUUGGUGAAUUCUUACACUUGCAGACGUUGAGAGUAGAGUUAAGAUGGUUGAGAAAACUGCCAAGUACCAUUAAGUACUUGAUUAACUUGAGGCAUCUUUAUAUUACUGAGGAUGUAGAGUUGCCUAUGGGAAUUGGGAGAUUAACUUCUCUCCAAACGCUAACGCACUUUCCAGUGGGCGACCAGAAUGGCUGCAAGAUUGAAGAGCUUGGAAGUUUGAAUAAUCUUAAAGGAGAGUUACGGAUUCUCAAUCUCAAAACGGUUCAUGACAAGGAAGAGGCUUGGAAAGCGAAUUUAUUCAAAAAGUCAAAAAUAUUGAAGUUGCGUUUGGAAUGGGAUAGAUAUGGCAGAAGAGAAGGUGGAACAUAUGAUGAGGAUGUAUUGGAAGGCCUUCAACCUCAUUCAGAUCUGAGGGAGUUAGAGAUUUUCAAUUACAAAGGCAAAAGAUUUCCAUUAUGGACUGAGAAGAUGUCAGUUCGAGAUGCGCCUCAAGGCUCUUGGGUGCUACUUAACAAGUUGAUGUCGUUAACACUCUGGAACUGCAAUGAAUGUGAAGAGAUCCCAAUGUUGGGACACUUGCCCAAUCUCAAGUCCCUUGAGUUGAGAUGGUUGAUCAAUUUGAAGUGUAUAAAUUCAUCACUCUAUGGAACUGUGAACAAGGACACGCGCAUUGUUUUUCCAGCUCUCGAGAGGUUGGAAUUGUAUUUUAUGCCUAAGCUGGCAGAGUGGGCAGAAAUAGAAAUUUCGGAUGGAAGUGAAGUGAAGCUAUUUCCUCGCCUCCAACAUUUGCAAAUUAUGUGGUGUAAGCAAUUGACGAGUGUUCCAAGUCAUGUCUCGUCAUGCCUUGAAGAAUUGAGGAUUGAGGAGAUCGGUGUAGAAUGUCUGCCAGCUGAUUGGUUAUUGAGUAACAGCGAGACUCUCUCGAAGUUGUAUAUAGAGGACUGCCCCAAUUUGAGAGAAAUAUCAGAUAGGUGGGGAGAAGAAGAAUCAGAAGGAAGAAGCUUCACAAUCACAUCCCUCCCUAAAUUCCCUCGUCUAACAUUUGUGCAUAUUGAAGGCGUUCCUAAGUUAAGUUUGGAGACUGUGGAUGCCAUAUUGCAAGGAUGCCGCCACUCUCUUCAUAAGUUAUAUUUGAAGGGAAUGGAAAGUUGGGAAUGCAUGCCGGAAUCAAUUCAACAUCUUACAUCUCUUUAUUUCUUAUGCUUAAGGGAUUUUGGAAUGGAAGAGUUACCUGAAUGGUUGGGGAACCUCUCAUCUCUAAAGGAAUUGAAUUUAUUUAACUGCAAAAGGCUAAGGCGUCUACCAUCCAUGGAUGCAAUGCGGUGCCUCACAACAUUAAAAGUACUAUUUAUUGAAGAUUGCCCGGAAUUAGUGAUUGAAAGUGAGGCAACUGAUUCUGAAUGGCCCAAGCUUUCCCAUAUCCCCAGCAUCUACAUUGAUGGCUCCAAAUACGGUGACGAAUAAAGUGAAAGAAGCAAACAGUUGUGUUUGAGGUGCCUCCAAAGAAUUAGGAGGUGAAGGAAGCGAUCCAGUGAAGAAGGAAUAAAACGACGACAAUGUAGUUGUUGAGUCUGAAGAGAAGGAUGAUGACAAAAAUUCAGACAGCAUUGUUGAAGAUGAAGAUAGAGAAAUAGAGGAUUCAGCAGCUGUGGAAGUUGAAUCCAGUCCCAGCAAAAAGGGAGGUAGCCAGCUUUUUCCAUUUCUUGAUGAAUGAAUGCCUAUUUCUUAUGUUUGAAUAUUGAGGCAUGCUAGCUUGAAUUUGAUGAAAUGGUGUUGGGGGUUGUAUCAGUUAUAUCAAUA